AAGAUUGAGGUUAUGCGAAAUGCGAUUAAAAAUCUUUCGUGACCAGAAUUAUCAGAAAAUUACUGUAGUCGUCUCCGUAGUGUAAUUAUUCAUAGUUUACUGGACCAAAUACGCUAAUUAAUACGAAAACUGUGAGUCAUUCGUGAUGUGAAACAUUAAUCUGAUAAUUCUCAUUGUUCAGUCAAUUUUCAAUUACUAGUUGGAAGUUUCCGAAGCACUGAACCGCGUAUCGGGCAUGGUUGCUCAGUGAAUCAAUAAGGCUUUUGUAUUUUUUCCAUUUUCUGCGGAGUUACUCUUUGGAUCACUACAAUGGCAACCACUCAUCGUUAUAAAACCACACCAAAUUUAACUAAGUUAGUAUCUCAACUUCGGAUAAGGAUCCAACCAGGGCACAGGCUAAUUAGAAACAGGGAUGGCCCACCUGGAAGAAUUAAGAAGCUGAGUCAGAUUGUUACUGGCUUAUUGAAGUAUGAAAGGCUAGAGCUGAACUAUACUAAAGCAGAUGAAGCCAGAGGAUAUGUCGAACGGUUAAUCUCUGAGGCUAUCAGGCAUGGUGACUGUCACACUCCAACAAUGGAAAUGGCCGACCGCUGGAUUACAGAGAAGCAAGUUAUCCACAAGUUGUUCAAAGUAUUGGCUCCCCGCUACCAGAACAGUCCACUUUCCUACACAAAACUGUACCGGGCUCCUAAACUUUUCACACAAGACCCGUAUCCAAAAUCUAUUCUUGAACUAAGAGGUAACCCGUAUCCACCCCUUGUACCCAAUCUAAGCCAUAACCGCAAUUUAAUUCAUAAUGUUCUUUUGGAGGAAGCGAAGAAGGAAUACAGAGCAAGAAAAUACGCAGAGAUGUCCGAAAAACUUGCCUCAGCAGAUUUAGCAGCGUCGGCGACAGAAAGUGAGAAGUCCACAUUAUCCCAAAAUCAGGAGAAUUUAAAGGCUGAAACCGCCUCACCACUAGAAAAAUCUCCAGGUUUAGUAGAGGAAGCCGUCGAUCAAAAUGAGGGAAAGUCUCCUGAACCUGAAAUUCUUGAAAAACCAUUGGGAGAGCCCAAAAGUAGUUGAAUGUGAUGUUAAGUUGUUAUUAGUUUUCAUGUUUUGUACAUCUUUUUAAUUCAGAUUCAAAUACAAAGUAUUGAUAAGAGUUCCAAA